ACCUUAUCAUUACCGCUUAGCAGUUCACAUAGCCCCGUAGAGAUCGACCCGAACACCGAAGCCCAUUUUCCGUUUUGCCCCUCUUCCCAAAGAGAAGCCAUCAGAUACACAGAGAAAGGGAAACAAAUCAGGUUGCAGGUUUUGUUCCUCUACCUAACCUUUUGGUGUGGAUUUUAUUGUUCAUUGAUUUCUGAGGGAAGACUCAUGUCCGCACCAAAUGAGAAUAAUGUCUCUCAACCACAGGUUAUCCACAUCUUAAAUGAAACCAGUAACUUAUGUUUACUGGUUUUCUUGCUUAAUUGCUAUAGAGAAUUGUAUGCUUCAGUUCUUUCUGAAGUUGUCUGCUCACGUUUUUGAUGAGCUUCUUGAUUCAAUCAUUAUGGAUGUUGCAUCUGAGUGUCACCGCAUAACGAAACUAGGCCUUGAUCGUAAUUUAGAAGAAGAAGAGGAAGAACUUCGGUUGUCUGCACAAGCUCGGGCAAGGGUAGCUGAUCCUAGCAACAGUAGUGAAACAAAUGGCAAAUACAUUGUAGACAUAUUUGGGCAAACCCAUCCUCCUGUUGCAAAUGAAAUAUUUGAAUGUAUGAAUUGUGGCCGAUCCAUCAUGGCUGGGCGAUUUGCUCCUCACUUGGAGAAAUGCAUGGGGAAGGGGAGGAAGGCCCGUCUUAAGGCAACAAGAAGUAGCACUGCUCAGAACCGGUAUACACGAAGAAACUCUGCUUCAACCUAUUCUCCUUAUUCAAAUCCCACCAGCACGAGUCGACUACCAAAUGGAAGUUCUGGUGUUUCAGGUCAUGAAUACUCAAAUGGCUCCUUAGAAGAGAUGUGAUUUGGCCUUGUACUCAAUGCUGGAGGCUGAUUCAUCUUCAGGUGAGAAUUGAACAGAGAAGACUGCUAGGGACUUUCGUCCUCCCCCUUACCUGUCGUGCUUUAGGGGAGCUGGCGGAAGCUGCUAUGCUAGUUCGUUUACAAAGCAGAUGUUGCUCACAGUAUGGUUUGAUAAUAAUUGUAUGAAACAUGGGUUUCCCGUACAAAUGGUUUUGUUCGCACUGGCUUUCAUAUGUCAGAGGUUGGUAGAUGAUCUAACUUAUAGCAUUGUAUAGGAGACCUUUUCUUUUCUCUUUUUAGAGGAAAUUUUCUUCUCA